AUGUCGCGACCUUUCUUAGAAAGAUGUCCACGAAGGCAUUUAGUCAUUCAUAUGGAUAUAAACAAAACCAUUCUUCAGGUAGACCCCGCUGGCAGUCGCUCCAUGGAGGAUAUUCUUAAUAGCAACGCGGCGGACAAUGUCUAUGGAUACGUGGACUCUUCAGGUGAGUGGAAGGCUCUCUACGGGCCGCGCGAAGCGAAGAGCCAAACCUUUCCUCACACCGUGAGCUCAGAUAACAUCGUCACUUAUGCAGCUUUCAUUGAUCAAAAGUAUAGUGAACCGGGAAUCAUGCAGACGCUCUCUCCAUCAGAGCGGAGCGCGAAAUGGGCGGAGAUUUCCUCCCUCCGUAGAGCAGCCACGGGGCGCUUUACCACGCCUAACUCAAUCGGCUGCCGCUACGCUUAUAUGGUAGAAGAACAGAGACAAUGUCUUAAACUAAACUCCGGUGACGGUUACCAUUCCAUCGUGCCCUCCUUUUUUAAUCUGAUUAACCUGCUUUCUAACCUUGAUUGGUCUUUCACUUUAAUCUUUCGAACGUUUGGUAGUGAUCUGCCAAAGGUACUUGAGGAAUGGCAGCAAUUUGUACAGGGGACGCAUGAGUGUAAGCCGGAGGGAUCCGUACUCCGGCGGAUGUCUGAGAAUAUCGUCACUCCACGAACCGGGUGUAUGUAUCGAGAUCAUGAAGAGAUGUACUUGUGUUUAGGACCCUCUCUUUCGGCAUCCACCAUCCGUUCGCUUGAUUUGGCAAAAAUAACGCACCCCAACAAUGUAGCCAUCAUAACGGAGCUUAAGAAGCUUCCUAACUGUCAUAGUGUCAGACAAACCAACUUACACGAAUUGAAUAGCCAUCUAAUUGAAUACUUUGCACAAUCAAACAACGUUGGUGGUUUAGUGGAUUACUACCCUGCCUGGGCUCAGGCAGCGGAACGCAGAUGCGCGGGGAAGGUAUUCCCCAUUCCCUUUUCCAAGCGCGGAGAGGGUGUGAACUACUACGUAUUUUUUGAUGAUAAUAUCUUCAUAGGGAAUGAUCGAUCUAUUGUCGACUUACGCGAUGAACACACUAUGAAAAGCUUAAUCGGGAGUACAUCUGAGAGACCAUUCUGUAUCCCGGUAAAUGCCUAUGAGGCGAUCACGAAUGAGGAUUACUUCAUUGAUUGCUUGUCCGAGCGCCUCAAGGAUCAGCUUAAUAUAUAA